AUGUUUUUACAAACCUUAAUAUUUAUUUUUAUUGGUUCUACGUUAGGAUAUAAGGUUGAUAAAGCUUCUCCGCCGCGAUGGAGCUCGGUGUAUACAGUUAAAGGAUUGCUAAAUAUUCCAUAUGCAGAACUUCAUGAACCAUUUUACGCUUGGUUCGACUACAAGAAUGGCAAGUCUCGCAUCGAUUACUAUGGGGCUAUGGUCAAGACAUACCAACUUUCGGCCUCUGUUUUUCCGCCAUUUGGCACCUCCAUUAAGAUAGCGCCAAUAACAACAGAACAGGUAUUGAACCGUGAAACAUGCCUGCAAGUGAAUGGAAGCACGUCUGAGAACAUCGGUAUCCAGUCGGUGUUGCCAGAUAUGACCGACUUUCAGUUUGUUGGUACAGAAACAAUGCAAGAUUCUGAGACGUCGAAAUGGCGUAUGGUUACUACGAUGGGGGAUAAAAUCAACAAAUACACCAUGUGGGUGAAGUAUAGGAAGAGUUUGAAAGGAGAUGCCGUAGCGAUACCUGUCAAGUACGAAAUGAAAGGCUUCAAUUCGCUGUUGGGUUCUCAUUACGAUCAUUAUUACAUCGACUACAGCGAUUACAAUGUGGACGACAUCGACCAGGACGUGUUCAAAGUUGAUCCGAGUUUUGAAUGCACAUCUUUCCCGGGACCCGGCUCCAAACACUUCGCCACAUUCAACCCGAUGAAGGAGUUCGUCCAUCCAGUGCACGACGCGCAUGUGGAGAGUGAAUUUGAAAGGUUCAAAAUGAAGCAUAACAAGCACUACUCGUCGGACAUCGAACAUACGAAACGCAUAAACAUCUUCAGGCAGAAUCUUAGAUUCGUCCAUUCAAACAACCGCGCGCGUCGUGGCUUCACGUUGGCAGUGAACCACCUCGCCGACCGCACGGACGACGAGCUGGCCUCUCUCCGCGGCAGGCGCUACUCCGGACCCAACCAGGGUCUUCCUUUCCCCUACAGUGAGGCAGUCCUGGAGGAGAUGAGCGUGAAGCUUCCCCCGGAAUAUGACUGGAGGUUGUUCGGAGCAGUUACACCUGUUAAAGACCAGUCGGUGUGCGGGUCGUGCUGGUCGUUCGGCACGGUGGGCGCGGUGGAGGGAGCGCUGUUCCUGCACAACGGCGGCCAUCUUGUGCGGCUCAGCCAGCAGGCGCUCGUAGAUUGCUCUUGGGGUUUCGGCAACAAUGGCUGUGAUGGCGGUGAGGACUACAGAGCGUACCAGUGGAUCAUGAAGCACGGGCUGCCCACCGAAGAAGACUAUGGUGGUUAUUUGGGACAGGACGGCUACUGUCACAUAGACAAUGUGACGCUGGUGACGUCCAUCAAGGGUUGGGUGAAUGUCACCGCUAAAAAUGAAAACGCUUUAAAACUGGCAAUAUUCAAACACGGCCCAAUAUCGGUCGCAAUCGACGCGUCUCAUAAGACCUUCAGUUUCUACUCCAAUGGCGUGUAUUAUGAUCCUGAUUGUAAAAACGAAGUGGACCAAUUAGACCACGCGGUCCUCGCGGUGGGCUACGGCGUCCUCAACGGGGCCAAGUACUGGCUGAUAAAGAACUCGUGGUCCAAUCUAUGGGGCAACGAUGGCUACGUGCUCAUGGCGGCGCGCGACGACAAUUGUGGAGUGCAGGCUGCUCCUACUUAUGUACUAAUG